GAUCGCUAUUGGAGCAAUGAUUGGAGUCAAAUUCGGAGUGGCUGGAACAGGGAACAUAGGGAAAGGAGAUGCUAAUCUGAUCGUGGCACUGAUCUGCAUCUAUGUAGCGGGUUUCGCCUGGUCAUGGGGACCGUUGGGAUGGUUGGUUCCAAGUGAGAUAUCUCCACUAGAGAUCCGAUCAGCAGCACAAGCCAUAAACGUAUCGGUCAACAUGUUCUUCACAUUCCUUGUGGCUCAGCUCUUCCUCACUAUGCUCUGUCACAUGAAAUUCGGAUUAUUCUUCUUCUUCGCCUUCUUUGUUGUCAUAAUGACUAUAUUCAUCUACUUGAUGUUGCCUGAGACGAAGAAUGUGCCCAUCGAAGAGAUGAACAGAGUGUGGAAGGCACACUGGUUCUGGGGAAGGUUUAUUCCUGAUGAAGCUGUUAAUAUGGGUGCUGCUGAGAUGCAACAGAAGUCCGUAUGAUGGUGAAAACUCUUAAGUCUUCUUUGGGCAAAAGAUUUGUGAGAAAAUUUGAAAAAAGAGAAAGUGAU